AUGCCUACCGAACUGGAAGAGUUGGUUGGCUUCAUAGCUAGUCCCAAUCCACAAAUAAGAUUGCUUGCCACAGAGAACCUAGUCCCGUAUUCGACGGCACAACCAGAAAUAUUUAAGACCGAGAGUCUCCAACCCAUCAAGAAUUUGACAUUCUUGGUGAAAGACCACCCAAAAAUUGCCGAACAUGCUGUCACCAUGCUCAUCAACCUCUCGGCGGAUCGCGACGUGCUCGAGAAAUUGGCAACCGACGACAAGUUUCUAGACGUCGCUUUCAGAUAUGUGACUAACGCAGCUGAGCCAAACGCGAACCUGCUGUCCAUGCUCCUAGCGAAUUUGGCCAAAUGGGAUGCAUUCAAGUCUAUUUUAAACAGAAAGCAACCUUCACCUAAGGAGCUCAGUUCGGAUGAUCUGGUUAUGAAUCAAUUGCUCGAUAUCUUUGUCAAAGGUGCAGAGGGGAUGUACAACAAGGCAGCUGACUAUGAUCAUUUGUCAUAUCUAUUUGCUGAUCUCACGAAACAUGCCGAGUUCCGUCACUACUUCUUAAGAAGUCAAGAAUACGACGGAGUGAUUCCCUUGACGAAGCUCAAGGUCUUCACCGAGCACAAGUCAGAUGUCCGACGGAAAGGGGUUGCUUCUACCAUCAAGAAUGUCGCCUUUGACAUUCCUUCACACCCGUCCUUCCUGGCUGAGGAUGAGAUUAACAUCCUACCGUAUAUCCUCUUGCCUAUUACCGGAAACGAAGAGUAUAGCGAAGAAGAGACAAUGGAAAUGCAUCCCGAUCUGCAGUUGUUAGCCCCGGACAAAAGCCGCGACCCGGAUCCCAACAUCAUCCAGACACACGUGGAGACAUUGUUGCUUUUGGCGACCACCAGGGAAGGGCGGGAGCUGAUGCGGGAUAUCCAGGUGUACCCAAUCAUUCGGGAAACCCAUUUACGAGUCGAUCACGAAGGUGUGCGGGAAGCUUGCGACCGGUUGGUGCAGCUUCUCAAGGCCGACGAGGAAGACUCUACUGAGAAAACACGUGUCGAGGAAUUCGGUCAAGGAACUGCCCUGGAGGCGGAGGAGGAAGAAGAUGAGGAUGCCAGGAUCGUGGAGGUUUGA